AUGAAUUGGUUUCCGGACGCUCACCUCAAGAGAGCCCGGGAGCCGCGACUACCAAAGGCGUGUGCCCAGAGCUCCUGCCCUGAACAGGAGGGGCCCCCGAAUGAGAAGCCCGGCUCCGCGACUGGAGAAGAGCCGUGCGUGGCGGUGGAGACCCAGCGCAGCCCAAGCACGGGCCCGGCCUUCUCGGCCUCGGUGGUGGACACUGCCGGCCCGUCUCUCCACCCAGACGGUGGGGAUGACUCCCUGAAGGGCGGCUCCCGAGACCGGGACCUUUACGGGAGUGGUCCCUAA